GUUAGCAGCGUGGUUGAGUUUAGGGUUAAGAUUAGGUUUAAAAUCAAUUUUAAGAAGUGAAAUUGUAGAAAUAGGCGGGGUGUAUGACUUUGUGGCUGUGGGAAUUAGUGACGACCCUUUUAGUCCAGUUGCCCUUACAUAGAUGUCCAUGGCAUAUCCAUCCCUCUGAAGUCUGUGUCUAACAGAUUACGACCAUGGCGUCUCCUUUUCUGAAGUAUGCCGUGAUGGUACAGAAGUACCGGACGCCGCUGCUCAUCGCUGGGUGCAGUGGGGUGUUUGCGGCCCAAAUGUUCUACCACUUAUUCCCAGAGAACACUUAUAGGAAGCUGUAUCAGGCCUGGAACAAAGGAGAACCAGCCAGCCUUUCUGAGAAGCUGGAGAGUGUCUUCAAACAGGUGCUGAAGGAUUCUGAUGUGGGCGCCCCUGAUGGUUAUAGUGCCUUCGCGUCGUUUGGCUUCCACCCUGUUGGGGCUGGCGUACCCUGGCUUCCCUCCGGUGCCCAGAUUGGCAUCCCUGCCAACUUCAACAGCACGCUGGACGACCCGGCUGGCAUCACCAACCGCACCAUACUCAUCAAUGGCGAGAAGGUGGAGUGGGACAGUGUCAUCGGCACGGCCCUGAAAGAUGCUCUAGUGUUCUCCCCAGAGGCUCAGAAGUUUGCCGUGGCGAGGGAGGUAGCUCGUCUUGAGGUGGGCGGGCCUGUGCUGAAUGCGGCUGUAGCUCCAUUCUGCUUGGCCGGAGUGAUGGUCUACUCGGUGACCCUGAAGCAGAUCUUCAGGCUCCACGCUGGGCCUGUGAUCUUCAGGGGCGUAGUGAAUGUAGUGGCGCUCGGCCUUGGCGCUGUGUCUUACUUCCUGACUUCCGACGCUGUCAGCCAAUGGCUGGACUACAAAUCAGACCGCCGUGCUGCAGGCCUGUCCAAGAUCUAUGCCAAGGGAGGGGUGGAGUUCUACAACAAGAUCCUCUCCCGGAACAAGACGCUACGUUCGCUGAUGGGCCAGAAGGGGGAGGAGAUGUACGCGCCCAGUGGCAACCUGUUCCCUGCUCACCUGCUAAGACUGAAGCACGCUCCUUACACCUCCAGGAGGGACGGCAUUGUGGGCCUACUCAAGGAAGAGAAGGCCUAAAAAGGACAUUGGUCGCCCAGUAAUCUCCGCACCAAGAACCAAAUAUCACGUGAGCUUUGACCUCUGGCCAGCUACUUGUAAAGUCUGACACGAGACUAGAAGCCCACUGCUGUUUGUUCUAGUUUUCCAGCAGGUAUUAUUUAUGAAAUCACAAUUACUGUGAGGAAAAAGGACAUUUCAACCACAUGUAACAUUGCCUGAAUAAUGACAGUUAUACUUGACCUUGAUACUAUCGUUUCUUUAUCAGUGACCUCAAUUUGAGCACAAAUUUGCCUAAAAUUGGUCUACAUGGUGAACCUGCACUUUUGUGUUGUAAAAUACAUCAGGGCAAGGCACAAUACAAAUAUUUCAUAACAUUACCAAUUUGACAAAAUGUAUGUUAUAAUGUUUAAACGUGUGCAGCUGACUUGUGUGAGAUGAAAUUGUUGUGAAUGUUUAACCACAACAAAUAAAUAGCCUUUGGCUAUUGUGUGAGA